AUGUCUUUCUUUGGCUUCAAUACCACCCUGCCUAGGGACCAGGAUACUGGUCCUGCUGGCUCGCGGGGUUUCUUCGAGAACCCGGAUCCCUUCGCGGAGGUUGCCCGUGCUUCGGCGCUUGAAGAUGAUGACGCGAUCGACUUUGAGGACACCUACGAUGGCCUCGGCGACCAGCUCAAUGACGACCAGGAUGAGUUCAACGAUGACACCUUUGGCGGUGGAGAUGCCGCACCAGCUGUCGGCAGGGACUUUGACUUCUUCGGUCGGACUGCCCAAGUUGCCGAUGCAAUUGGCGAGGAGCACGUUCGAUACACCUUGCAGAACCCCCAGGCCGCACCUCCCGCCCCGCUGCAUGCCCACGUAGCUGCCCAUCCUGUCGCCGAGUCGAUCAAGCGCACCGGCUACGAGAAGUAUUCGGACCCUGGAUACAUCCCCGAUCUGCAAGCCAAGUCCAGCGUGUGGGGUCUCUCGCAGAAGAAGCCGGAGCCGAGUCCAGCCCCGAUGCCCGCAAUGCCAAUCCCUAGCCGGAAGAUGAUGAUGAGUCUUGAGGAGGUGGAAGCCCAGAUGCGCAAUCGAGGCCAGGCUUUCGGGCCCAUCCCCACGCAGUCAAUUCCUCAGCAGAUGCCCGAUCCGUCCUAUAUGCGCCACCCGCAGGACUUUCCGACGCUGCCUGAUGGAUUCCCCGCCAACAUCCCCCCGGAACUCCUCCGAGCACAGCUUGAGAAGGGUGGACUGCCCCCGCAUAUGUCGCACCCUCCUCCAGGCAUUCAGGAGCUGUAUGGAGGCCCGGGCCCUAUGCCUGGUACACCCCUGCAGCAUCUUGUGCAGAACAACAUCCCUCAAAACCUGCCUCCUCAAGGCCCUCGCCAUGCAGGUCCACCUCCCGCCCAGCGACAACAGCAGAUGCCACCCCCACCUUCUCGGGGUCCCAACGGCGGACUGCCAGUUAUCACUAACCCCCAGCAGCUGGUGCACCUGACCGAGGAACAGCGCAACGCUUAUUUGAUGGAGGACGCCAAGCGGGCGAAGCGCAAUCACAAGAUUUUCCUCCUGUCUCGAGGCAACGGCUUGAUGACACCCCAGGACAAGAAUUUCAUCACUCGCAUUCAGCUCCAGCAACUUGUGGCUGCGGCUGGCAAUGUGGCGGAUGCCGAUCCCGAAGCUGUGCUCGCCGAGGACUUCUAUUAUCAGGUGUACAGCCAGAUUCGGGGCGCCCCACGCCAGCAUCCCCACCAACCCCUGGGUCACUUUGCUCAGACUUACCUCCUGCAGACUGGCAACCGGAUUGGCGGUCAUGGAAACCGUCGGGCAUUCCAGGGUGCAGAUAACCACAUGCAGCGCAUGCAACAGCAGGUGCAGCGUGCUGUCGAGGCAGCCAAGGCCAAGCCGAAGAACAAGCAGCUCAUCAUUGAAGGCAGUCUGGGCAAGAUCUCCUUCAGCAAUGCCAAGGCACCCAAGCCAAUGCUGAACCUCAAGCGACCCGACAGCUCGGAAGGCGCCCGGCCAAAGAAGGUGCAGUCCGACCUGAGCACCAGUGAUCGGAAAUCUCUUCUGGGCAACAUUGAGGCUGUCUACAACGCUUUAAUGUCGAUGGAGGACAUGGAGCGCACCAUGCCACCCCCACCCGAGGAGGGUGAUACGGAAGCCAUCCAGGAGCACAUGGAAUGGCGACAACAGGUUCAGACACUCAACCAGAAAUUGUGGCAAGCACUCAAGGUCAUGGAGCCUAUUGUGCCCAAUGCAACCACCCCCCACCCCUUCAUCGCAUUCUUAUCCUACCCGAAGGGCAAGAAAGCUAUUCCCCGUAUCUUCCGUCACAUUGAUCAAGAACAACGGGUCACCAUCCUCACCAUGAUAGUGGUUCACUUGGACAGCUUGGAUGUGGUCCGUCUUGCGCAACACUCCGGACCUGGCGAAGCCCAAUUGUCCGUUGCGGUGCGUGAAGCCAUAGAUCUGUUCUCAUUGGCAGUGAUGCCGAGCCUGCUGGGCUACGUGAAUGAGGCUCCUUUCAACAUCAUUAUUGGCCUUCUGGGUCUGGUCAUCGCUCAGACUCAAGUCAUACAUGUGGCUCGCACUAAGACUGGUCUGGGUAUCCUGACCAUGCUGCUCAGUAGAGCCGAGAUCGUCAAGGAGGCUGGUCAGGCCUCUGAGCGUGAUUGGCAGCAGUGGGUUGAGAAGUUCAACGUUCUAUUUGACAUGUUGGAGCCCGGUCUGGCACAUAUCUUCCCUGGCUCGAUCAACUCUGGUGACGAUAUGUACGUGUGGCAAUUCCUUGCCGCCGUAGGAAUUGGUGCCAGCCCCGAGCAACAACAACGUUUGGUGAUUGCUGUCAAGGAUCGUGUUAUGGAAACUGUUGGUUACAGCAAGACGCUCCCCGCCGAUAUGUCGAGCCAACGCCUGGGCAAUGUCAACCUGUUCAUGCGGGCCAUUGGCCUGGACGUGGAACUUCUUGGUUAA